UCACCGGUUGCCAUGGCAAUGGUUUUAAUGGUUCAAAAAAUAGUAAACAAACAAACCGAGUAUAAAGAAAUAACUUGAUAAAUGCACGAUUUUAAUCGUUGUAACAAAGUCGCAGGCGUAUACUGGUUAAAGAAAGAUGUGAGAGAUUUACAAAUAAAAAUAAAACUAAAGCCUCAGGAUGGCAUUUUAACGUUGCCAAAGUUCGAAGACUGCACAAAAGGGGGUAAUAUUUUAAAACUAGAGUCCACUACAGAAGAAUUUUCCUUCAAAUGGCAAGAAAAAGUGUUCAGCUUAUGGGAAAUCCGACGUUAUACAGAAGUGCACAACUGUAUCACAGAAACAGAAUUAAAUUACCAUGAAGUUUUACAAAAAGUAGAGUAUAAACCUUCAAAGAUUUUCAGUUACAUCCACGAAGACUCCUACUUACCUUUGCCAGUUGAUUUAAAAAAAAGAAAUAAUGGUCUGCUUAAUUUAGACCAGUAUAUGGAGAAGUUGAAUUUAAAUGAUGGGUUAGAUAAAGUAUUUGGAGGUGACACUAUUUCUGCCACCGGUCUGUUUAGGAGUGAAGAAAAUGUCGCAAUCAAUGACCAGGAAUGGACGGCUAUGCAUAUUGUGUUUGAUAAUUCUGAUUAUAAUGAGGAUUCCCAACUGAUCUUCAAGCAGGAGGUAUCCCUCGUUUCCAUCUAUCAUAACACAGUACACAAUUACCUGGUGAUGAUGCCAGAUGUGAACAACUUGGAAUUAAACUCGUACAUAGUGGAGACAUCAGCCGGUGUGCCUUGGGGAUACCAGUACAGUGUGGAAAUAGAAUUUGAAGAUGAUGAUGCUGAGGAGUUAGUUACAUUGCUAUCAAAGCUCUACAAAAGAUGGGAACGGAAACAGAAGCAUUUGUUAAACUUUGUGAUGCCUCCUCCGGGCAAGAAGCAGUUCCAUGUCACACUGGAGAUUUUAUCUGCUGCACAAUUUGAUAUGGACAACCUGUAUAUUGAGUUUGAUAUCAAGGUGCCUGAAGACAUUCAGUGUUCAGACUCUCUUCAUGGGAAGACUCAUACAAGCGAGGGAGUUAUAGUAGAAGGAGACAGAGAGUGGAGCUAUGGACAUAUCAUCGAGUUCUGUUUAGAAAUGAAUACUGGCACGGAAUCAGCACCUAUCAAGGUAUUCCUAGAAGCCAUAUCAUCAGACUGGUGGGGUCGUCACCGCACUGAAGGUUACUGCUACCUGCCUCUCGCACUGGAUCCUGGCUGCUACUCCAAAGACCUCGCCUGCAUCAGGCCUGAGGAGUUGGAUGCAGUGGAAGCCGAGAGCAGGCGGUUUUUUCUAGGAGGGUGCCACCUGAUUAAGGAUUUGAAUGUUCUGGCUGAACCGCAGUUGCAGGAUGCAAACUACAAAUACACCACAACAGGAACCAUCAGUGUUCGAUGGAACAUCGUCUCUCAAGCUCAGGUUGGUGGCCUAGUUGCUCCACCUCCUCAACCGGGCACCAGUUCAGCAUCAGCAUUGCUGUUGGGAGCUGAGGCUGCACUAAAGAAGUACAAGAAGGCUAGAGCCAGACUCGCAGAAGCUACUAAAGACCUCAGUGAUGUGAGGUAUGCUGCAGGCGAUAGAUAGAAGACUAAGAAGAUUAUUGUUAGAAAUCUUCUGUUUAGGCUUUCAUUAUUAGC